AGCUAGUGAACCCUUCUCUGGCUGUAAGUUUCUGUAAUGGAUGCCUUCCCACCAAGCAUCCAAGCAAAUGGCAAGACGGAGUGUUACAGAAAAUGGCGCUGGACACGGAAGGAAGAUAACCUCCUAAGAGCACUUGUCAAAAGAUAUGGCCCAAGAAGUUGGGAUCUCAUCGCAGAUAAUAUCCCAGGAAGAACAGGGAAGAGUUGCAGAAUAAGAUGGACAAAUCAGUUGAAUCCCAAAGUUGACAGGUCAGCAUUCAGUGAAGAAGAGCAGCAAAGGAUCCUUCAACUUCAUAGAGAAUUUGGAAACAAGUGGGCCACUAUUGCAAGUUUCUUCCCUGGUCGAACCGAUAAUCAUGUGAAGAAUCAGUACCAUGCCCUGGUUGGGACUAGAAAUAAGAAAGCCUCAGGCCCAUCUUCUAGUGUUUAUUGUCCUGUGCCUCUCAAGAACGGAUCACCUAUGGGUUUGUCCCAUUAUGGUAGUGUAUCAACAGUCCCCAUGGGUUCACAGUUUCCUAAUGUUCCUUACCAUGGAAACAACUGUUUUGUUAUUGCUCCUUGCUUCACUGCCAUGCCUGAUAAGCCACAAAUGAUGCCCUUAUUCAUUGGUGGCGUCUAUGGAAGGGACAAAAGUUUUGUUGCGGCACUGGCUUCAAAUAUGAGUGGCCUUGGUCCUCAUUCUUUCCGCACCAUUAAUUUGGGCAGCAUCCAUCCCAGCCAAAGAACGAGCCAUGGAGAUUCCAUGAUGUCUAAUGCCAACUCUGCUACUCUCUCAGAACUCCGCCCAAUUGCUCAGCCCCAGCAAGAAGUGGGUACCAAAGAUUAUCAGUUCAUUGAUUUUAUGGGGGUUGGAACUUCUGAAUGAAAACAGCUGCUUUACCGUUUCUUGCUUUUGUUUUUCUUAAUUUGUGCUUGUUUCCGGUUGAGGAAUUGCGCCUUUGAUUGUUCAGAUUUGCGCCUUGAGGAAAUUUGAUAUUGUUAUUAGUGUUGUAAGGGCGUCUCUGGCCGAUCAAGGCGCAGUGUUGUUUCUUGUUUUCAAUGAAUUAUGUUUUUGUUUGGUUGUUUGCUUAUUCGUAAGGAAGAUUUGCUGUAUA